UCAUUUCUUCAUCACUCUAUAAAUCUCUCUUCAAUCUUCAUUCUCUCUGAAUUCAACUAAAAAAAAUGGCCUCUCUAUCAAACCUAAACCAACUUCUCCAUACAAACACUCUUCCAGUAACCUCUCUCAACUCCACACCUUCAAUUUCUCCGUCGACCAUCACAGUCGGUUUUCUGAACAAACAUGUCAGAAAACCGAUUGUGUUGGCCGAUGGUUUGAGGCGGGUGGUGUAUGUUCAGGCUAAUAGAAUCGAUGAUGAGUGGGGUCCAGAGCCUUCUGCUGGUGUCGCGGUUGCGGAGGUGCAAGCAACUGAGAAAGUGUCGGAUGGUGAGACGGAGAAGCUGAAGAAGGCGUUGGUUGGUUCGUUUUAUGGGACUGAUCGUGGAUUGAAAGCGACGAGUGAAACUAGAGCUGAGAUUGUUGAGCUUAUUACUCAGCUGGAAGCUAAGAAUCCCACACCUGCUUCCACUGAUGCCUUGAGUUUGCUCAAUGGAAAAUGGAUUCUUGCGUAUACAUCCUUUGCCGGUUUAUUUCCAUUGCUUUCGAGCGGACUACUGCCAUUACUUACGGUUGAAGAAAUAUCUCAGACUAUUGACUCUGAAAGUUUGACUGUCCAAAACUCUGUUCUGUUUGCUGGUCCAUUGACUACCACCUCCAUUAGUACCAAUGCCAAAUUUGAAGUUCGAAGUCCGAAUCGUUUGCAGAUCAAGUUCGAGGAAGGUGUCAUAGGCACUCCACAACUCACAGACUCAUUAGAGAUACCAGAAAAUGUGGAAGUUUUGGGGCAAAAGAUUGAUCUAUCACCUUUCAAAGGCAUAUUUACUUCUGUCCAAAACACUGCCUCAUCUGUCGUGCAAACAAUUUCCAAUCAGCCUCCGUUGAAGAUCCCAAUUUCCAACGACAACGCUCAAUCAUGGUUGCUUACUACAUACCUUGAUGAAGAACUACGUAUCUCAAGGGGCGAUGGUGGCAGUGUGUUUGUUCUUAUCAAGGAAGGAAGUUCUCUUUUGACAAACUAAAGAAAUUAUAUGUAAUAAUAUCCAGUGUUCAAUUGUUCGUAUAUUCAUAAAUAAGCAACACUGGAUUAGAUACAUAUUGUGCAAAUAACUUGUUGUCUGUAACAAUUUUGUAUAUGUAGUAUCAUCCGCUGUAUAUUCUUACAUUUGAACAUUUCUAUACAAAAUAAUUGUCACCAUUUUAGAUAUAAAAAAA